AUGCUUGCAUCAUCAACCCGCUCCAUUAAGCCCAAACUCUCCCUCAGCAUUUCCACUGCUGCUCAAUCUUCGUCCCGACCAUCCCUCUCCCUCAAAUCGCCCAUGACGGCUACCCACGCCCUACCCCGAACGCCUGUCUCCCCAUCGCCAUGCUCCCCCACCGCCCGUAACACGCGCCUCAACCAGCGCGGCUACUCGACUCUGCAGCAGCCAAGCUUUGCCUACGCCAACACCAGCUCGCAGAGGAGUAUCCUCAAGAAAGCAUCGACUUCAUCAUCGCCAUCCAGCGCGGCGAGUAGCGGCAGUAGACGGUUACAGUUCAGAGAGGAGCCGACCGUGUAUGCCAUCACGCCGAUUGAGGCCGGAGAGGACUAUUAUGGCGCGUAUACGAAGAUGAGUCGCGAGGAGAGACGGUGGACUCCUAGGCGAUGA